UCGUUCAGUUGACUACGUGCAACGCAGCCGCGCAGACGCAGUCAGCGGUUUGAAAAUCCGACCUAAAUAAUCCAUAUAUGCAUACAUAUAUGUACAUAUUUCUCAAACAUCAUCAAAUUCAACCAAUCCAAAGGAUCCCGUGAUUUGUGAUCGAUGUGCCAAUAGUGCCAGGCAACGUGGGCUAAGAAUCGCAAUUUGUGGCGCGUAUUUUCCUGGGUGUUGUUGCAGCUAAAUGAAAUUUGCCGCUAGAUGGGCAUUCGGUUUGCUAGUGCUUGCGUCCAAAAUCAAGUCAAUGACACAAUGACAUGCCCAACAAAAAGCUGAAGAAUCCAGCCGGCAAAUGAGCGUGGCACCUGGCGGCCAAGGUGACUGACAUCAAAUGACAUCAAAUGACACCAACUGACAUUGUAAUCAUGAACCCAAGCAACAGUAUAGCAAUGCAGAGUGGCAAAACAACCUGAAAUUGAUUGGCCUACGACGAGCACAAGGAUAGCACAACAAGGAUAAGGAAAUACUAGUUAAGGAAUCAAAUAACGCACACACAUUUGAUAGAAAUUUAGUACUUUAAAGACAAGGAAGCAAAGGAUUCUCUGCAAUGGUGUUGUGAACAAGUCAAAAAGACGGAAUUCUUGUUCAAAGAAGCACACACUUAAUGGUUAACAAGCUAUAAAGAACGUAUAUAGAAAAUCGGGAAAGCAAAAAAACAUAGUGACACAAAAGCACUGGAGCAAAGCAACAUUGAAACUGAGCAGAUUACUAAAAAUUUGGGCCAUAUCAGAGCCCCGCCAUGCACAAAAGAAAGAAACCCUAGACUUUAGAGAGUGUAAAGAAGCAGAUAGCAACUGCUAUCAACACUAAACCAAGAAAAGUGUGGUAAUAUAGCUAAAACUGGCUUAAACUUGGGAUAAUCCCACAGAGAACUCAAAUAGACAUCCAUCUGGCAACAUGGUGCUCAAUCUGCUGUUCAUAACCACUGUGAUCAAGUCCACAUUUGGCGUGGUGACCACGGGACUCUGGCUAAUUCCACUGAUGCUGGCCGCCAUCACAUACUAUCGCUAUGAUGCCGUAGAUCCCGAGUCGAGGCCGCUAGAUCAACUGAAUUUGUAUCCAGAGUACGAUUUUAUAGUGGUGGGCAGUGGUUCGGCCGGAGCUGUGGUGGCCAAUCGUUUGAGCGAGGUGAGGAAAUGGAAAGUACUGCUGAUCGAAGCCGGUCCAGAUGAAAACGAGAUCUCUGAUGUACCAUCGCUGGCGGCCUAUUUGCAAUUGAGCAAACUGGAUUGGGCCUACAAGACGGAACCCUCGACGAAGGCGUGUUUGGGAAUGCAGAACAAUCGUUGCAAUUGGCCAAGAGGACGAGUCUUGGGCGGCAGUUCGGUGCUCAACUAUAUGCUCUAUGUGCGUGGCAAUCGCCAUGAUUACGAUCACUGGGCAUCGUUGGGCAAUCCAGGCUGGGAUUACGACAAUGUGUUGCGUUAUUUUAAGAAAUCGGAGGAUAAUCGUAAUCCCUAUUUGGCCAACAACAAGUAUCAUGGUCGCGGAGGACUGCUAACGGUUCAGGAAUCACCGUGGCAUUCACCUUUGGUUGCCGCCUUUGUGGAAGCCGGUACUCAGUUGGGCUAUGAUAAUCGUGACAUUAAUGGCGCCAAACAGGCGGGCUUUAUGAUUGCCCAAGGAACGAUACGUCGUGGUUCGAGAUGUUCCACCGCCAAGGCAUUUCUGCGACCCAUACGCAUGCGAAAGAAUUUCCAUCUGUCGAUGAACUCACAUGUGACCAGGGUCAUCAUUGAACCGGGAACGAUGAGGGCACAGGCCGUGGAAUUUGUGAAACAUGGCAAAGUGUAUAGGAUAGCGGCCAGGAGGGAGGUUAUCAUCUCAGCUGGUGCCAUCAAUACCCCGCAGCUAAUGAUGCUCUCUGGUUUGGGACCACGAAAACAUCUGGAAAAGCAUGGCAUUCGAGUGUUGCAAGAUCUGCCCGUUGGCGAGAAUAUGCAGGAUCAUGUGGGAAUGGGUGGACUCACUUUUCUGGUCGAUAAGCCCGUGGCCAUUGUCCAGGAUCGUUUCAAUCCCACAGCCGUCACCUUUCAGUAUGUGUUGCGUGAACGAGGACCGAUGACCACAUUGGGUGGAGUCGAGGGUCUGGCCUUUGUGCACACACCCUACUCAAAUCGCAGUCUCGAUUGGCCGGAUAUUCAAUUUCAUAUGGCACCGGCUUCCAUUAACUCAGAUAAUGGAGCCAGAGUAAAGAAGGUGUUGGGCCUGAAGGAAUCGGUGUACCAAGAGGUCUAUCAUCCCAUAGCCAACAAGGAUAGUUGGACGAUAAUGCCGCUGCUAUUGAGGCCAAGAUCGCGGGGAUCUGUUAAAUUACGAUCGGCGAAUCCCUUUCACUAUCCCCUAAUCAAUGCCAACUACUUUGACGAUCCCUUGGAUGCCAAAACUUUGGUGGAAGGAGCCAAGAUAGCUCUUCGCGUAGCUGAAGCCCAGGUUUUCAAGCAAUUCGGAUCGAGACUGUGGCGUAAACCGCUGCCCAAUUGCAAACAGCAUAAAUUCCUAUCCGAUGCCUAUUUGGAGUGCCAUGUGCGCACCAUUUCGAUGACCAUCUACCAUCCAUGUGGCACUGCGAAGAUGGGACCCGCCUGGGAUCCCGAGGCUGUGGUGGAUCCACGCUUGAGGGUCUAUGGAGUUCGCGGUCUCAGGGUGAUUGAUGCCAGCAUUAUGCCAACGAUUAGUAGUGGGAAUACCAAUGCACCGGUUAUAAUGAUAGCUGAAAAGGGCGCAGAUCUCAUCAAGGAAGAUUGGCUAACAAAUCCCGAGUACAAAGUAAAGCGGCAGGCAAAUAGACUUAGAGAUCCAGAUCCUGCUAGUAGUAACAUUCAGGGCAUCAUCACAUUGCCCAACAAUAUCACUCAAGGCGACAGCAGCAACAUCAGUGACAGGAGCAACAUGGAGAGCAACUUCAGCAACAGCAGUCACAUAAACAACAUCAAUUUUAACAGCAACAGCAACAGCAGCAACAUUGAAAGCAGCAGCAACUUCACACUCAACUAUGCGAAUAGUUAGUGACUUCAAAAUGAAGAAUGUAGAGCUCCAGUUAGCUCGAGAUUUUGUGCUCAGGGCUCCAUAGCUUUAAACACUCACAUAAAGUGUUUACAACGAGAAAACAACACAAAUUGUUUGCCAUUGCUAAAGUAACAUGCUGAGACAUAAACUCUUUGAGUUCGUUAAUAACUCAAGUGAAACCAGAAUGUGAUCCAAAAAAUUCACCGAACAUUCUUUACCUAAAGUCUACACUGAAACCAGAAGCUAUCUUAUUUAUGAAAAUAACCAUAAUCAAACAUAUUAUCACCGACUUGAAAGCGUCUUGAACAAAAGUUAUUUACUACUGUAGUUCAUUAUCAUUCGAUGGCCAUCUUGUAAUGCUCAUAAAAAACUUUACUGCGAAACCAGAAGUUCUUAGCAGCUAAAACUGGUUGCUUCUUCCUUGUGAAGCCAUUUAAAAAUGCGACUCAUAAAAGGUUUAUAUCUGAGAAUCAUACUAUUAUGUCGUCUGUCUUUGAUCUAGACAAUUGGUACUCCAAAAAAGUUAUUUCCUAAACCAACUUCUACAAAUGAUAAGGCUAGAUAGUAAAUAUCUGCUUGUAUCAUGAAUAUAAACUGAAAAGUCUAUGUGCAACCAGGCGGAGUUUCGUAACCUCGUACUUCCCAUUGAAUCUCAUCGCAUGACGUCCUCAAAAACUGUACACAACGAUCCAUUGCUAGAAGGAAUCCAGAAAUCGAGUCAUAGAUUAAAUGCUUACUUAAGUAAUUGUUGUCUUUUUUUUUUUUUGCUUAUGUAUUAUUUUAUGCUAAGUUAGCGAUAGAUAAUUUAAUGUUCUUUGACUAUUUAUAGAAAAUUUCCAUAAACAUCAUUAUUUAAAUGACAUUAUAUUUAAUAAAUUAAAUUUGCAUAAACAUG